UUUGGCCGUCAUUUCAAAAAAAGUGAUACGCCGUUAAUCUUUUUUUGUAGCAGUGCUUUGCUGUUCCACAAUAAUAAUGAGAAAUAUAAUAUAAAUAUUGUGAAAAUCUAUAUUAAACACAAAUGAGAUAGAAAAAACAUUUCCUUAAUCAAAACAACACACAGAAGCCGUCCUUAACUUAUAUUCUUUGAAUAUUUGUCGUAUUUAAUUGAUUACAUGCACUGUCAUCUUAUGGUUUAUAUGCGCAUUAUACUCACCACAUUGGUGAGCAUUACCUGUUUAUUGGGUGAUAAUUUUGUGGAAUUAACUCAACAUCCGAUGUUAAAGGCUUUAGCAGACAAUGCUACACAUGCUGCGAUAGGAGCUCUGUCGGGUAUAGCAUUUGCUGUGCAAUUUUACGAAAGAACAAGUCAUUUCUUUGGUUGGUUUCUUAUAUUUACAUGUUUUGCUUGCUCCAGUUUAAUUGAUGUGGAUCAUUUUAUAGCCGCUAGAAGCUGGAGCUUGGAGGAUGCCACAAAUCUUAUGCGUCGCCCCUUUUUACACUGUUCAACGUUUAUUUUUGGUUUAUUGUUGUUUUACAUUUGCAACGCCUGUCUGAAUUACUUCAAGUGGAGUCUCUUUUUUGGUGUUUUACUUUGUGCCUUCAUAACACAUCAUACACGUGAUGCCAUUAGACGUGGCUAUUGGUUCUAUCCCUGGGGUCAUACCGAUAAAAUACCCUAUUUAGCUUAUAUUCUCAUAACUAUAGCUACUCCGUAUGUCAUUGGUCAAUUACAUGCUUUAUGCCGCAGUUCUGUGGUUCAGCAAUUCCUAGGUCAAUAUAUUAAAUUAAAUGAAAAUUAUCAUCAUAAAGAUAUCAGGGGUUAUAGAUAUAUGCAGGUUUAAUAAUAUCACUUUAAUUAUGAUAAUUUAUUUAAUAAAAACCAAAGCUUUAACUAGAUUUUUAAAUAUAACAAAAGACAGCAAACGAAACAUACUUAGUAACAACACUUGUGAUAGAGUCAAAGAAAACAUUUAGAUAAUUUAAAUUUAACUUAAACUAGCUCACGAUUUAAAAUAUAUAUACUCUCUAUUAUUAAUUACUUCCUUGAUCUAGAUUAAAAAAAAAUCAAUUCUUCCAUAAUUAAAAACUAAUUAUUGAUAUCAUAAUUAAUUUUACUAUAAGCUUUUAGAUUUAUACAAAUAUAAAUUCAUUAAUUUUUUUUAUUUGAAUUUAUUUUUACGAAUUAUUGUGAUAUAACUGAAAAGUUAUUAAUAAAUUAAAGUAGAUUAAGUGCUUUUUAUUUCUCUAUUUAGGUAGUAUACGUAUAAAGUGUAUAACACUUAAUUUCAACUAAAUGCAUGGCAAAAUGAAAUAAAAAUCAAUAAAAUAAUAAAUAACUAAGCUUACGGCAAA